AUGAAGGUCAUUACAUGUGAAAUAGCGUGGCAUAACAAGGAGCCCGUUUAUAGCUUAGACUUUCAGCAUGGGACGGAUGAGAAGAUCAAUCGACUCGCCUCAGCUGGCGUGGACACCGCUGUUCGCAUAUGGAAAGUGGAGAAAGGACCAGAUGGAAAAGCAAUUGUGGAAUUCCUGUCCAAUCUGGCCCGCCAUACGAAGGCAGUAAACGUUGUGCGCUUCUCUCCCAGUGGUGAGAUCCUGGCCUCCGGGGGAGAUGAUGCUGUGAUUUUAUUGUGGAAGCUGAAUGACAGCAAAGAAUUGGAACCAUUAGUUUUUCAGGAUGAAGAUGAAGCUCAACUCAACAAGGAGAACUGGACAGUUGUUAAAACGUUAAGAGGUCACUUAGAAGAUGUAUACGAUAUUUGUUGGACCUCAGAUGGAAAUUACAUGGCAUCGGCCUCUGUAGAUAACACAGCUAUAAUGUGGGAUGUCAAUAAAGGACAAAAGGUUUCAAUAUUAAAUGAACACAAGAGUUAUGUUCAAGGAAUCACCUGGGAUCCUCUAGGCCAGUACAUUGCAACCCUGAGUUGUGAUAGGGUCCUGCGUGUAUACAACUCACAAACCAAACGUGUAGCAUUUAAUGUUACCAAGAUGCCUUCUGGGGCAGGAGUUGAAGGAGAGGCCAGGAGCUAUCGGAUGUUUCAUGAUGACAGCAUGAAGUCAUUUUUCCGUAGACUGAGUUUUACUCCUGAUGGCUCCUCCUUGCUCGUUCCAGCUGGCUGUGUUGAAUCAGGAGAAAAUGUGACAAACACCACAUAUGUUUUCUCCAGAAACAAUCUCAAAAGGCCCAUGGGUCACCUGCCCUGCCCUGGAAAGGCAACUCUUGCUGUUCGGUGCUGCCCAGUAUACUUUGAGUUGAGACGUGCCCUUAAUAAAGAUGAAAUCAGUCAGAAAUCAGCCUCUGCUCUGUUUAAUCUGCCCUAUCGAUUGGUGUUUGCUGUUGCUUCAGAAGAUUCUGUGCUUUUUUAUGAUACUCAGCAGUUGUUUCCAUUUGGUUAUGUUUCAAACAUACAUUACCACACCCUGAGUGACAUUUCAUGGUCCAGCGAUGGAGCCUUCCUUGCUAUUUCUUCCACGGAUGGAUACUGUUCAUUUGUUACCUUCGAGAAGGAUGAACUGGGAAUACCACUGAAGGAGAAGCCACAGAUAAGUGUCAGGACUCCCAGCACAACAGAGAAGAAAGUGAAGAAGAGCCAGUCACACAAAGUCAUUUCCCCAGGCUCUAGGCUGACAGAGGGGACUCUUCCUGGCAAAACCACUGAUGCCAGCACUCCCACUCUCCAAACUAGAACACCCACAGUUGCCAGUAAGGACUUGCCUUCCACACCUGUUGGCAUAAAAAACAUUCCAGCUUCAUCCUCAGACGAGAGGAAAACCAGCCAGCCAGCCAGCCAGAGUGUUAAAGGAAACCAGCCCAGGAGGAUUACUCUCAACACUUUACAAGCGUGGAGCAAGACGCCAAGGAGAAUAAACUUGAUUCCAGUAAAGACAGAUAUUCCAGCCUCGAAACACACAGAUACCAUUUCGAUACCUCCUUCCUCAGAACAGGAACAUGAGAGGCCUUUACCAUCUGAUGACAGUCUUCCCCCCGCAUCUAAACGCCCUAGAACUGAAGAAAUGUCUCUUUCUACACCUCCUGAAGAUCAAAUGAGCUGCGAUUCAAACAAAUAAAAGCUAAACUUUUAGUAAACUCUUCACAGUCUGAAGGCACAGCAGCCAUAUCUGAGAUUGCAUUUCUUCUUGCAAAUGUUAAAUCUUCAAUUCCUGGUGGAAGUACCAUAUGCAUAUUUGGCAUAGAGCUGAGAAGUAAGAAGCUGGCAGUGGAAGGCAGAGGCUUCAGGAAUGGAGCUUUGCAGAAGAGAAGACAGUCAGGAAAUGACUUUAAGUGCAGCUCUACUUUU